AUGCUUCGACUUGGCCGUCCCAUCCAGUUUGCUCGGGGUUUAGCUUCUGCUGCUACUGCGACGGCUCCUGCUCCUGCUGCAGCAAAACGCCCAGCUCGAGUGGGUCCAAACAUUGUACUCGUCGAGGCUGUAAGGACCCCAUUCGUCAUGUCAGGAACUGUUUUCAAAGAUCUUUGGGCGGUUGACCUGCAGCGAGAGGCACUGAAAGGUACAAAAAUUCAGUUUUUGUUUGUCUUAUUUGUCAUUAAUACUGCCUUAUUUGUUAUCGAUACUCCUUUAAUUUCUUUUGUCGACAAGAGAACACUCAAGCUGAAGUUGACAUACCAGCAAGUACAGCUUGGAUCGUUAAUUUUGAAUUGCCGUUACUGUUGUUUGUCGCGAUCGAUUUUCUCUGGAAAAUUUUGA